AUGGCUGGUAAACAUGUGCUUCUUGCAUGUACAGGGAGUGUGGCUUCUAUUAAAAUUCCACUUAUUAUUCAGCAACUACAAGAAGCUGAUCCUUCAAUUGAAAUUCGACUUGUUGUGACUGACAAAUCUCUGCACUUUUUUGAUGCAAAAUCUGUUCCUGUUGACAUUUACAAAGAUGAGGAUGAAUGGAAGUGGCAGAAAAUGAAAGAUCCUGUUCUUCAUAUUGAACUUCGAAGAUGGGCUGAUCUAAUGGUCAUUUCUCCUCUGGAUGCGAACACUCUGGCCAAAAUAGCCAAUGGGCUUUGUGAUAAUUUAUUGACUUCUAUUGUGCGUGCCUGGGACAUGAAAUGCCCUCUACUUUUUGCUCCUGCAAUGAACACCAUGAUGUGGGAACAUGUCCUCACCAAAAAGCAUAUAGACACUUUGACAAGCUUUGGAUACAUUGAAAUCCCAUGUGUUGCAAAGAAAUUGGCCUGUGAUGAUACUGGUAUGGGUGCUAUGGCUGCUGUUGAUACCAUUGUCAGUAACAUAUUGUCUUGUUUACAACCAUUUGAAGAGAAAUCCUCCCCCGUCAAUGAGAUAUCAGUGCAAGCUACUUCUCCUGAAUCAGUGUUUCAUUGA